UGUUGAAAAAUCACGAGAUUCGUAGUCGUCAUCGAAAAGAGACAAAAUCUACAGAGCGUUUCAGUUUCUUGUCGGUUUCCGAGGGCUUUUUGUUUAGGGUUUUCGUUUUUUUUUUCCUGCUCUCUAUCUAUCUAACCCUCUGUUUCUAAACCUCAGAGAUAACAGAUUGAGAUUGAGAAAUUGAGAGACGAAUUCGUGAUAAUGGGUUCGCUGAAGGACGGUCAAAGCAGAGAGAUGGAUGGAGAAGAAUCGGAGGAGCCGCUUUUGAUGGCACAGAACCAGAGAUUCUCUAUGUUCCCCAUUAGGUACAAGUCGAUUUGGGAGAUGUAUAAGAAGGCUGAGGCCAGUUUCUGGACUGCUGAAGAAGUUGAUCUUUCCACGGAUGUGCAACAAUGGGAAAAAUUGUCUGAAUCGGAGAAACAUUUUAUCAGCCAUGUUCUUGCGUUUUUCGCCGCAUCAGAUGGAAUUGUUUUGGAGAAUUUGGCUGCUAGAUUCUUGAAUGAUGUCCAAGUUCCAGAGGCUCGUGCUUUCUAUGGGUUUCAAAUUGCCAUGGAGAACAUUCAUUCGGAAAUGUACAGCCAGCUUCUGGAGACUUAUAUUAAAGACUCGCAGGAGAAAGAUAGAUUGUUCAAUGCUAUUGAGACCAUUCCUUGUAUCUCCAAGAAGGCAAAAUGGUCUCUAGAUUGGAUUCAGAGUCCUAUGUCUUUUGCUGUGAGGCUGGUUGCUUUUGCAUGCGUGGAAGGAAUCUUCUUCUCGGGAAGCUUCUGUGCCAUCUUCUGGCUUAAGAAGAGAGGUCUUAUGCCGGGUUUGACCUUCUCAAACGAGCUUAUAUCGAGAGACGAGGGGCUACACUGUGACUUUGCUUGUCUCUUGUACAGUUUGCUGCAGAAGCAGCUUCCCCUGGAGAAAGUUUAUCAGAUUGUUCAUGAAGCAGUGGAAAUUGAGACAGAGUUUGUCUGUAAGGCCCUUCCAUGUGAUCUGAUUGGAAUGAACUCAAACCUCAUGAGUCAGUACAUACAAUUUGUCGCAGACCGUCUUCUGGUUACCUUGGGAUGUGAAAGGAGAUACAAAGUAGAAAAUCCGUUUGACUGGAUGGAGUUCAUAUCUCUACAAGGAAAGACAAACUUCUUUGAGAAGAGAGUGGGAGAGUAUCAGAAGGCAUCGGUUAUGUCGAGCCUUCAAGAUGGAAAUAAGAACUACGAAUUCAAGACUGACGAGGACUUUUGAACCCAUCGAAUCUGGAAGGGCUCAUCGGAUUGUUUAUGAGUUACUCUCAUUCUUUUUUGCCCAAAAAAACAAUGUAGUAGACUAAUAGUUAGUAGUAGUAGUAGUAGUAGUAGUAGAAGAAGAAGAAGAAACAUACUCAACUUUAAUUCACAUUUAGUUUGGCUUUGGUUAGCAACGGAUGUUAUGUUCUCUUAGCAUUACU